CCCCGCUUUCUCAUUGUUUAGUCUUUAAUAGAUCUCUAGUUACUUCUUGGCGAGACAAAGCCCAUUCAUUAAUUUAAAAAUCGACUGGAUCGAGAGGAUUUAGGGUUUGUGAAAGAAAUGGCGCAGCAGCAGCAAUCGUUGAUCUACAGCUUCGUCGCUCGCGGCACCGUGAUCCUCGUGGAGUUCACUGAUUUCAAAGGAAACUUCACCUCCGUCGCCGCACAGUGCCUCCAGAAGCUCCCUUCUUCCAACAACAAGUUCACCUACAACUGCGACGGUCACACCUUCAACUACCUCGUCGAAGAUGGCUUCACGUACUGUGUUGUUGCGGUUGAUUCUGCUGGGAGGCAGAUUCCGAUGGCGUUUUUGGAGAGAGUGAAGGAGGAUUUUAACAAGAGAUAUGGUGGUGGAAAGGCUGCUACUGCUCAGGCCAACAGUUUGAAUAAAGAGUUUGGGUCUAAGCUGAAAGAGCACAUGCAGUAUUGUAUGGAUCAUCCUGAUGAGAUUAGCAAGCUUGCUAAGGUGAAGGCUCAAGUCUCUGAAGUUAAGGGUGUUAUGAUGGAAAACAUCGAGAAGGUUCUUGACCGUGGUGAGAAAAUUGAGCUUCUGGUUGACAAAACCGAGAACCUUCGCUCUCAGGCACAAGACUUCAGAACAACGGGAACACAGAUGAGAAGGAAGAUGUGGCUUCAGAACAUGAAGAUUAAGCUCAUAGUUCUCGCCAUCAUCGUCGCACUGAUUCUUAUAAUCGUGCUCUCAGUUUGCCAUGGCUUCAAGUGUUAGAAGCACAUAAAAAAAAAAAAUCAAAAACACUCUUUGAGAUCUUUCUCACUCGGUCAUCAUAUUGAUUCUAAUGUUACCGCUUGAAUUGGUUUUGUAUAGAUAGGCACAUAUAUUUAUGCUUCUUCAUUUGCUA